AUGCCUGGAAGUUGGACAUCGAAUUUGCUCAGUUUUGUUACGGGGAGUGUAAGUGUUGUCAGUUUUACAUUUCAUUUUGUUUUUAGAGGAAAAGACGCGCCCAAGAGGAUACUGAAGAAGAUGUGGAACCCGCAGUAUCUAAAAAAGCCAGAGCCGAGGUGGCGUUACUUGAAUCUGUGAGCAUUACAUUGAUUUGUUUUUGAUAUAUUUCUUUAAUUUAUUAUUUUUGCGUUAAGGCGCCGCCAGUGGUUUCAUCGUUUUCUUAUCGCGCUCCGAAUAAGAAUAUUACCCUCAACGACUCUUUGUUGUCGAUUCCCGACAGCUUCUCGUCGAAACCCCCGGUAUUUGACUUGAGGCACAAAAUUAAGACACCAUCGCGGACAAAAUCAAUUCUUGCCGAGCUUACCAAAUAUAGCUCAAAUCCUGUAAGUUUAUUUUAAAAUGCUUAAUAAUUUUUAAUGCUUUAAAUAUGCAUUUUUUGCAGAACUCUUCCAAGAACAAUCUUCAUUUGUUUGAAAAUAGUCGAUGGAUGGAUUCUUCGUCAAAGAGUGCAGCGGCGCUUCCGCCGAGAAGGUCUACAUUUACGCCAUCGAGAAUUCAACAGAUCUCGGCUAACAUGAACCGGACCUUCAAGGCUAAUAAGAGUUCAUGGAACUCGUCAUUGCUCAAUGAUACUGUUGCUAACGGGUCUAGGUUAACAAUGCCGAAGAAAGACGCUUCUUUUUCUAAUGAGUCUAAUACGCUCUUUCAAGAAAGUGAAGCCCGCUCUGAUAUUAGGGAGUUUGACAGUUCGGAUGAACCUCACACCGAAGUCGCCAAGGUUUCGAACGGCCCAACUACAAACAAGUUUGGGCUAACAGAUCUUGACAAUCUGGAUGGUAAGUCUUUCUAAAAAAGUUAUGGAAAUUUUAGGCAAUGAAGACGAACUGGUGUUCUCCUUUGAUCCGCCGGAGGUUAGGGCUCCAAGGAGAUAUUCGGUUAGUCCGUCUCCAACAGAAUCAUCAUCUAAAUCGGACCUCAAAAAGAACUCCUCUGAUUCCGAAUCUUCUUCCACUUCUGCAGAGAGUGAUGAUUUGGAAAUUAUCGAACCAAAGAAGCCGGAAGAACCUACGAAUGAUAUGUUGUCUAAGCCAGCUGGGAAAAGUAUUGCGUUUUUCUCAUUUUUUAUUCUUUUUUUAGAAGUCGGAGUCUUAAAGCCGGAGAAGUGGACUUGCAAAAAUUGUCUCAACAAGAACGAAAUUGAUUUGCAGCAAUGCAAGGGAUGCCAAUAUGAUAAGAAUGGAAAGAAAGCCGCGGAUAAAGUUGAACCUGUUUCAAAGCAAAUUCCGGAACCAGUUGUAACUUCUAUACCGACUACUGCAGGAAAACUAGGAAACCAGUGGGAAUGUCCGACAUGCAUGGUAAGGAAUAAACCCGAAGCUAGUGAAUGUCCUUGCUGUGGAACGGCUAAGCCUGGGGCUGCAGGAUCUGCCAGUGUGAUGGCUCCAAAACCGGCUGCACCUGCUUUUAAGCCAACGAAGUUCAGUUCAGAUGCGUCUAGUUUGAGUAAGUUGCUGCUUUUGAUGAUGAAAAUUUUGUUUAGAAAUCUUCGGAUUAGGUAAUGGAACUAGCUCGGGAUCUUCCUUGAUUUCUUUCGGGGUUACCGAAGCUAAGAACACCCCAGCAGCUACGACUGCUCAAUCCUCGGCUCCAUUGUUUGGUGGAUUGACGACGACUACAUCAAAUCCAUUGUUUUCGGGCUCGACUACGGUUGCGUCUUCAAUACCGUCGAUCCCCGUGUUUGGAGCUACUGUCUCAACAACUUCAACUCCCUCCGUAUCAUCUUCUAUUUCUUCGGUGUUGAAAGACGCUCCGAAGUUUCCAAGUUUGUCGUCAACAUCCACCACCAGCACCACUUCUCCGUUCGCUUUUGGUUCCACGGGUUCUUCCUCCAAUUCUUUAUGUGAGUUAAGGAUAUUUUUUAAGACUUUUUUUAGCUGUCUUUGGUUCAACAAGUAAUGCACCUGCCGUUUCCACGGCAGCUUCUUCAUCGGGCAAAGGGCCGUUUUUGUUCGGACAGAAUCCAGGUGGAACAUCGGAGCUGUUUCCGAAACCUUCGUCAGGAAGUUUUUUGUUUGGGGGCCAAAAUGGAACAUCAGGUAAAUAGAAAUUAUUCGCCCAUUUACCGUUAUUUUAUAGCAGUUCCCAAAGAUUCUUCCAAUACGGGUUUGUCGGGCGCCUCUGUCAGCAACGCGACUGCUUCCGUUUCGUCAUCAGGUAAGCAUGUUUGUGUAAUUUUUCUUUGUUAUCACGGGAGAAACCGAAAGGCCAUAUGUCUGAUUGGCAGAGUUAAAAAUAUUUAACUGUUUUAUAGGUUUCGACUUUGGAUCGUCUUCGCUGAAAUCAGGUUUCAAUUUUGGUGGUACAUCCACUUCGUCUAAAAUCGGGGACACCCCUGCCCCUGCCGCUCCAGCUCCAUUUGCUUUUGGAUCAGAUGCUUCAUCAAGUUCCAACGGUGCUGCUCCUGCCCCAGCUUCCGGUGCACGUAAGUUCUUGGGCUGAUUUUUAUUCUGACAUCUUUAUUUUUUAGCGUUCGUCUUCGGUGGAAAUCCGAAUCCUCCAGUUCUUGGAAAUGCGAAUAUGUUUGCUCCUCCAGCGUAAGUGCUCGUUAAAUUUAGUAAAUGCUUAUGGCCUUUUUAGACCUGCCGGAAACGUAUUUGCACCCGCUCCCGCUGCCGGCGGUCUAGCCGCAGGGCGGAAGAUACUAGCAGCCCGAAGAAAAAUGGGAAAGUAA